AUGCAUUUCUCCACUGCCACUGCUCUCACCAUCCUCGCUGCUAUCACACAGGCAUCGGCGUGGUCCCUCACCUUCUACGACAAUGUCGACAACUGCGAUGCAAAUGACAACACCCAGUACCAAAUCAUCGAGGGCAACCAAGGCGACUGCUACACUAUGGGCGCGUCCAUGCCCCGCACAUCAUGUGAGCAAUUCACAGACGGUGGUGUCAACAAGCAGGGCUGCCGCGGAUUGUUCAAAGCAAAAUCCGUCGCUAUUCCCCGUGGAAGAAACUGCCAGUUCUACGGUUUGGACUUUUGCCAAUCACUCAGUAUUUACGGGGAUGAGACCCAGUGCAGAGACACGAGGGAGCUUCUUGCCGGUCCACAGGAUUAUAUCCGAUCCUUCAAAUGCGAAAAUGACGAGUAG